AUGGUCGAUGUGUUAAGAUGCGACACAACCCUGGGAGUUAAACUUGGUGGAAUGAAGUUUUUCCUGGCAACUUUGUGCGCGUUCACGUGGUUAAUUCAAAGUGUGGAAGGCCACGGACGUGUGAUUGAACCGCCCGCCAGAAAUGUCUUGUGGAGGUUCGGCUAUGAUGCGCCGCAGAAUUUCGAAGACUCCGAACUCUUCUGCGGUGGUAUCAAGGCCCAGUGGCAGGACAACGACGGCAGAUGCGGUGUGUGCGGUGACAACUACUCCCUGAAACCACCGCGGCGUCACGAGACAGGCAGGGAGUUCGCCAGGAAUUUCACCGUCCGCACGUACGCGCCAGGAUCGCAGAUCGAAAUCGUCAUCGACAUCGUUGCCAAUCAUCUGGGAUACUUCGAGUUCUCGCUCUGUCCGCGAAAUGACAGCGGCGUCCUCGAAACGGAAGAGUGCUUCGACUCGCAUCCACUUCCGGUCUUCGGCAAGGGCAUGGAACUAUCCGAGGGCAAGUCCCGGUACAGACUUCCCACAGCUAGGAAGGGCCUGUACCUGACGCAGGUACAGCUUCCUCCGGACAUCGUCUGCGAGUUCUGCGUACUCAGGUGGCACUGGAGGUCAGCAAACAACUGGGGUCUCUGCGAAGAUGGCAAAGAGGCCAUGGGCUGCGGCCCCCAGGAGACCUACCGGAACUGCGUGGACAUCGCCGUUGGACACAACCAUGGUAUCCGUGGAUCUUUGGGAGCCAACGCUAAACCCAGGCCCAAGGAGUUCAAGUUCCCGAAGAACAAACCGUAUGUGGCUAUUAGCAACUCCGUGGUUGACGAAAAAAAACAGGAAUCAUCGCACUACGAAGCACCCGACGUACAUGACUGGCUUCUCGAGCAUCGAUGAAGACCCUUAGACGUCAUCCUGGUCCACAUCACCAACGAUCGACUUUGCUCGGCCUGCACUAGAUGAAGGGAUUGCUAUAUUUGUU